UGAAGAAACUGAAGUGGAACUUUUGCCACCACCAUAGCUUCGCCAGCGUAUCCCCUCUGUAUCUGUCAUAGAUAGUUAAAUGAUUUGUUGGCGGAGUUGUAGGGUGAGAUUUCCUUUUAGUCACUGUUUUGUAGGUAAUAGUUCACCACUUCACCCUCGUACUGGGUCAAAGUUCACGUAACUUUGAAAACAUGGCAUAUCCAUUGCUCGGGCGCUUAGGAGUUUACAAACGCAAUGUAACCCUACCAAUCAAAGUACUCACACAUUUACGGGCCUUUAGUAAUGGGACUUAUGUACUGUGCAAGAGUUCCCCGCCUCCACAAGCUGUGUUCUUUCCCCCAUCCGAGGGGGCGAUGCUGCUCCCAGGGACAUUCAAAAACAAAGUGGCCUUCAUCACAGGCGGAGGGACGGGUUUAGGUCGAGGCAUGACGACCACCUUAUCAAGCUUGGGUGCUGAGUGUGUCAUUGCAAGCAGAAAGCUUGACGUUUUGGAAAAGGCUGCUGCAGAAAUUUCAGCACAGACUGGCAACAAGGUCCACGCAGUACAGUGUGAUGUGAGGGAUCCAGCGUCUGUAGAGGCUGCUGUGACCAAGUUUGUCAAUGACGUGGGUCUCCCUGAUGUGGUAAUCAACAAUGCCGCUGGUAAUUUCAUCUCUCCCUCAGAGAAGCUGUCUGCUAAUGCCUUUAGGACCGUCACAGACAUUGUGCUGAAUGGCACGGCCUACGUGACUCUUGAAAUCGGGAAGCGCCUUAUUAAAGCUGAAAAAGGAGCUGCGUUCUUGGCCAUCACCACUAUCUAUGCGGAGAGUGGCUCUGGCUUUGUGGUCCCCAGUGCCUGUGCCAAGGCCGGUGUGGAAGCUAUGUGCAAGUCACUGGCCGCCGAGUGGGGACGCUACGGCAUGAGGUUCAACGUGAUUCAGCCCGGACCAAUUAGGACCAAGGGUGCGUUCAGCCGCCUGGAUCCCACCGGAAUUUUCGAGGAGUCGAUGCUUGGCAGGAUUCCGGUUGGCCGCUUGGGAAUGCCGGGAGAGAUUGCCAACCUCGCCGCCUACCUCUGCAGUGACUACGCCAGCUGGGUGUCUGGAGCGAUCAUUCGGAUAGAUGGAGGAGAGUAUGUGUCCAUGGCCGGGGAGUUCAAUGAACUCAGAACGGUCACCAAGGAGCAGUGGGCUAUGAUGGAGACCCUGAUCCGAAAAACUAAAGGCUCCUAAGGGAUUUGACUGUUAAUGGCAGUACUGUCUCUGUGUCUUCAGUCUUUUGUUGUUGUUUUGGUUUUGUAGGUAAACUAUUCCCUCUGGAGUCAGCCUCUCUAACAGUUUUGAGGCAUCAGUGCCUCCCCAAACCGUAUCAAUUUUUUUAUUUUUUUUUAUUCCUGAAUAGUCUACGAGAUUUGCCUUUAUUUCUGAGAUUGCCUUGCACAGUGCCAGUGGCCUUUUGAUCAUCCGCAGCACUAUAACAUAUUCUGGUAUGUAAUGGAAUGCCCUGAAGUACGGUUAGAUGUGGGAGUGGUGAAUUUUGAGGCCUUAUUGUUACUAAUGUUUUUUAAUGUCUUGAACAAAAGUGCCAUACAAACAUUAUUUUGCUCAUAACCUGAAACAGAAUAAAUGUGGUCUAUGAGAAUACACCAUUUAAAAACCCA